CCCGAGCAGAAGAAACGAAACGACCAACCCUAAGAGAGACGACGCGAAUCAUGACGGCGAAAAAUACUAGAUCCGUGAUCGCGCUGGUGGAUAAAUAUACCUCUGGAGUCGUAUGGAUAUCUUUUGGAUAUCUUGCUUACUGCAUCAGUGCUGUGGCUAGGCUGCGGCCAAAAAUGUCGGAGUUGGAUAGAGCUAUAAAGGAGAAAGCUGAGUUGCUCCAGAACCUCAAGGGAAGAAAUUAGUGUGUUUGUUAAAAAUAAUAGAUCUAUGGUUUGUGUUCAAAAAAAUAGAGCUGAGUUGGAUAGAGCUCUAAAGGAGAAAGCUGAGUUGCUCCAGAACCUCAAGGGAAGAAAUUAGUGUAUUUGUUAAAAAUAAUAGAUCUAUGGUUUGUGUUCAAAAAAAUAUUAUCUGUUCUGGGUAUAUGACUCCUUCCCCUUCGUGUAUAUAUAUGUAUUGCUUUCUGUUUUAUUUUCCAGUCCGUUAAAAGACAUCUAUGUUUGUCUUGGAUUUUAAGCUCUCGUUUUGAUUUAUAAUAAUACUAUGACCUCUUGGACUUGACAAUGGCAAUGACAAUUCCAUUGGCCCUUUC